AACUGUGGUAGUCAGGCAGCAAAAACAGUUUGUUUCUUUUUUGAUUCCCUAGCGAGGGAAUAAAACAGGACCAUCGCUAGCAACAGAGCGAGUGUUUUACUAGAAGAUAAAAAGUAACUGAAGUGCAUUUAAAGAUCGAGGCUGGUUAAUAAUAGGAGUGUGGGUUAUUCAUUGAGUAACAAGUGCGGUACAGUUAUAGUACGUAUGUUACAGUUUCCAGUAUUACUACUGUUUAUGCGCACUAAAGUUUGGCUUGGUAUGGCUUCUCCAACUUUGCGAGAGUGAGAUCUUGAUGAAGCGGUCCAGCUGAACUCUGGGUUUCUGAUUUCCCAUUCGAGCAGAAUGCAACAGAUACCGUUAAACGGAAGUAUCAAGGGAUCCGGUAGUGGUCACAGUCGGAAACGUUCAGCUUUCUUAAAAGUUAAUUGUUAACUAAUUACCUAACGUAUUGAAACUUUAAACUCGGGUUCUGAUAUACACUGAAAGUACCGACAUCCUCAGACAUUUAGAACAAACUAACAUCAUUAGAACCUGAGAACACGGAAAUGGCUGCUGGAACAUCUGCGUCACUCUGCUGUUUGAUCUUUGUCGGCAUCUUCGUAUUUGUCUCUGCAGUCCAGCAAAACAUCACAGUUGAACUGGGAAAGAACGUCAAUCUGACAUGUCGAGCUCCAAACAACAACAUCAGGGUUGUCAAGUGGAGCAGAGCUGACCUGGGAGAUAAAAAUGUCUUUCUAUAUCGGGAUGGUCGAUCUGUUCCAAAUGAACAGCAUCCAUCUUUUAAGAAUCGGGUGGAUCUGCAGGACAGACAGAUGAAGGAUGGAAACGUGUCUUUAAUUCUGAACAAUGUGACGAUUAAUGACCCUGGAACAUAUGACUGUCAAGUCUUCUUGGAAGAAAAGCGUUCAUGGGAGCUCAUCAGCAUCAUCAGCCUCAGUGUUGUUCCUCCAGGUCAGACAGGAGGACGAGAGAAGGAUGAAGACAAGAAAGAUGGAGGAAAGGAAGACAAAGAGAAGGAGGAGGAUGGAUCUGUUGGACUGAAAGUUGGUCUGAGUGUUUCUGCUGUGCUUCUUGUUGUUGCUGUAGUUGGAUUUUUGAUCUACAGAAAACGUGAAAAAAACAAAGAAUCAAGAGCCGUACCAGAUUUCUGCUGAAUUGCAGGCUGUUUGAAACGUGAGUUCUUUACAGCUGAGCUCCUAGAGUCUGAGUCUCCUGAUGAGCCAGACUUUAUUUAGUGUUAUUAAACAUUCAGAGGACAGCAGUCAGCUCUCGGUGAUUUGAAGUUACUGUUUUUGUUUGUUUGUUUGCUUUGUGUGCAUCAGUUUGUUUUAGCUUCCAGGGUAGUCGGCCAUCUCAGUGGAAGAGUCUAUGUUCUUAAACAGUAUUAUUUACACUUUUGCCUUGUUUAUAUGUGGAACAUUCAGGACUUCAUAAUCCAAACAAACACAAGUUACAAAUCUGAGAAUAAGAUCAGUGAUAUUCAACAAAAAAAACAUUUAGUUUCAUUUCACUAACAUCUUCUCUGUCACUGACGUCGACAGAAAUAAGUUUGUUCACAGUGAUGAAUUCAGUGUUGUCUCUGUCACAAUAUCAGAAUCAGUGAGUUUGUUUCAUCUUCAGGUUCAGCUGUUUGUAAGGUCAGACUCACUGAUCCUCAUGUUUAGAUGUUACACAAUAAUUACAGACACUGACUGACAACACAAACACAACACAAAGUGCUCAGGGUCCAUUUAUCUGCUAGAACUGAGUGACUGAAUAAUCUGAUAUUAUUAUGAAACCAAAGAAAAAUGUGUUACAUGGAGGUGCAGAGUCACUUGUUUCCUCCUCUGAUCUAUGAAGCCUUAACUUGUUCCUCCAUGAAGGAGACUCUUCAGUUUAAACACCUGAAGAUUAUUUAUUAUUUAAUUUUUAUAUCAGUUUGUUUAUCAAUAGUUUCACACGUGUUACUCUUCAGUGUUUGUUUUUGUUUCCUGUGGCUGUUAAAGUUUCCUGGCCUCCUGUUUAAAUAUGUGCAGAUUUAAUCACCUUGAAUGUAACAAUGUGAACAUUUAUACAUUUAACCUGACAUUAUUACAACCUGUGAUCUGUAAGCUCAGUAGCUCCUCUCAGAGGUAGGAGAUAAAUGACAGAGUUGAAUAACUGGCAGUUUAUGGGAUAUGAGUAAGAGGUGUGUUAUUGAGCUGUACACAGUUUUGCGUAUUAACAUCGUUGAGCUUGUUAUAUGAAACAAGCAUGUUAAAUUACUGCCUUGUUAAUGAGAAGAGCUACAAGUUGAUUUCUUCUUUUGAAUUUUGAAGUGACAUUCAUAUAGCUUCUGUGCUACUAAAGCUGUUUUUGUGUAACGUUUCUGCCUCACUGGAGCAUAUUCUGUUCAUAUCCACAUAAUAAACCUUAUCUCUAAAAGAUAAA